AUGCUGUCAAUUUUUUCGUCCAAGUCUCGCCAUGCGAAAAGGUCCCCUUCGCGGUCUCCUUCUCGACCGCGUCAGCCUGAUGCACCUCGCGACAAACUAAAGGUCGCGCCGGACGAGCGAUUUCAGAGCCUGGAUUUCUGGGUCAUCAAAGACCAAACGAAGGUAUCGAAGCGCAUUGUCCCGUAUAUGACAGCAGAAAUCCCGGAGGAGCAACAGCUACAAUCGUUAAGAGAGACUAAACCAUGGGUGGAAGAUUUCAUCGAUUGUGAAGACAAUGAAGACGAAGACGGUACAAGCGACGAUGCAGAGCAAUUAUCUAAUACUGAGGCCGUAUUCUGGAACGAUCCUGAGGUCACGACGAAGGAAUUGCGCGACGUGACACGCUCAUGGUUCCACAUGCUGCUCCGCUACACAUUCCGCGCCAAGCUCCGAGACGGUUGGAAGACACCGUCUCCCGCAUUCGACCUUGAGGACUUCGACGACGAGCAUUUUACAUCGCAGCUGGACGAAAAGCAAGUGCGGAGCUUAACACGGCGCGCGAACUUAUUCAAUGAGUACAAAGAGACCUAUAAGGAGACGAAAGGGCGCAUCGGUUGGACACGCUUCUGCGUACGCAUAAAGUCAUUCACACAGCUUGUAGGUCUGCAAACUGAGUCUAUCAAAGUCGAACAGAUUCUUCAGGAGUUGGAAAAAAGCUUGCCGGAACUGAAGAACGCAAGGAAGCUACAAUCGCAAAGUCUUCUCAUUGAACGCCUGAAGGCCGACGCACAAUCGGAACGAGCACUUCGAGAAAAGAUUGCAGCCGACGCCGCGUCAGUCAACACACUUCGUGAACAAUUCGAAUCCAAGAAGGCUGAAUCAGAGCGCCAACUUCGUCAGCAACUUGAAACCAAGAAAGCCGAAUCAGAACGCCUCUUACGCAAACAACUCGAAGCUAAGGGGGCAGAAGCAGAGCGCAAGCUGCGCAAGCAACUCGAAGCCAAAACAGCUGAAGCUGAGCGGAAGCUCCGUGAACAGCUUGAAGCCAAGACCGCGGAGUCGGAGCGCGCACUCCGCGAACGUCUUGCAACAAACGCCGAAUCGGAACGCAAGCUGCGCGAGAAUCUGCAAGCCAAGUCAGAUGCGGAACGAAAGCUACGUGAAAAUCUACAAGCUAAAUCCGAUGCAGAACGGAAGCAUCGCAUUCAUGAUUCUCUCGUCUCAUGCCGCGAGCUGAUGGAGAAAUUGGUUGGUGGCGAACUGCCUGCUGCAAAGCAAGGGAAUUUCAAAGGUCAACAGUACAAACAGCGUUGGAAGGAUCUGUUCCAUACCCAAUGGCUGAAUUGUAAAGCAAAAAAGCCAGCAGGGCAUCCGCUUGUGGGCUUGGUUGCCCAGCAGAAAUACUACGUAGUGGGGAAGGAUCUGUAUGGGACGAUAAGUGAGCGUCUGCACAACCAUAAGGAGUAUCGUGAUAAAGAGGUGGACGCGGACGUGCUGCGGAUGGUGCACGCUAUUUUACCCGCUGCCUACUCGAGCCCAACAAGUACGGAGAAGGAGCGAGACUGGAAUAUCGCUACGGAGAAGAAGAGGUGGGGUCUGACAUAG